UUCGACCCAUUGGAAAAUUCCAUGAUUUUAUUUCUCUCUGUAAAAUAAACCGGACAAAAGAGGGAAUUAAGACAGCCCAUAGCAACAUCCUCGCCUCCAUCCUCCUCCUCCCCCCUCCUCCGCUGGACAGCAUCUUCUCCGCUCCUUCUCCUCCCAGUUUGUGAACGAGAUAAAGUGUAAGAAAUUUGGUUUGGGCAUUGCUUGGCGGGAUUUGAAAGAGGGAAGAAAGAAUAUAGAGUUUUUCUGCCAGUUUUUGGGGUUCUUAUAGGAUUUGGUAUAGCCAUUUCCUGUUCAAUUGUCCGAAAAGUUCAACGCAGGUCAAAUUUAAUUGGACAGUGAGCAAAGAAUCAAGGAAUUCUGACACAAACCCAGAAAUCAAUUGAGUUUCUCUCAUCGUUACUCAGAAAAUUUGAUCUUUUUCCUGGGGAUUCUCUUUGGAGCUUGGAUUAUUGACAGCUCUGCAACACCGAGUCAGAUCUGUGCCUUCGGAGAUUUGGUUGUUGUUUCUUGUGAAGCGACUUUUAUAACUCCAUUCAUGAUCUGGCAAUGCAAUCUCAAAAUCUGAGAAUAAUCCAUCAUCGAACGGACUGCAUUUGUAUUUGACUGCAAGGCCGACACAAUGGACCAUGACGACUUUCGGACCAUCUUAGAAAGUUCGGAAGUGGAUAUAUGGACGUUCAUGGACACUGCCAUAGCUGUCGCUUCGGCUGAUUAUGGCACUGAGCUCAAGCACCGGAGGGAUGGCAUUGUCGAGCGCCUCUAUGCCACAACUUCCGUUCCGCCUCAAUGCCCAAACUGCGAUGCUGAUGGGCUUAAUGGGCACAAUGGUAACCAGCCCAAAGCAGUUUCACCGUACACUCCGCAGUCUGUUGGUGGAGAUGGUGGUGAGGAGGAUGAGGAGGAGUUGGAUCCCUACGCAGGGUUGUUCGAUGAUGAGCAGAAGAAGAUUCUAGACAUUAAGAAGCAGCUUGAGGAUCCCUAUCAGUCUGAGGAUACAUUGGUUGAGUUGCUUCAAACUCUAGCAGAUAUGGAAAUAUCAGUCCAAGAACUUAAGGAGGCUGAUAUUGGAAAGCAUGUGAGUCAAUUGCGGAAGCAGCAUCCAAGCGAUGUUGUUAGGCGAUUGGCAAAGCAAAUUGUCAAUAAAUGGAAAGGUAUUGUGAAUGAAUGGGUCAAGUUACAUGGAGAACAACAAUCAUCUUCAACCAUGGUUGAUGAAGACUCACCACAGCAGAAAAUUCCCCACAAUGGACUUCACCAGGUUCCUGAUUUUGCAUACUCUCCAAAUCCUCACAAUGGGAGUUCUGGGUCAGACAAGAACAAUUCAGAACCAGAACGCAAGUCAAAGGCAGUUCCUAGAAGGGAUGCUCCACCAAAACCUACACAAUUGACCCCUGUGUCUGCUUCUGCUCCUCAAAAUAGACAGAUGGGGCAGAAGGAAAGCAAUUUUGACUCUGAUAGAUUGGCUUCUGCCAGAAGACGACUUCAGGCAAAUUACAAAGAAGCUGAAAAUGCCAAAAAGCAGAGAACAAUUCAAGUGAUGGACAUCCAUGAGAUACCAAAGCCGAAGAAUUCUUUCAUUGCGAGGAACAAAGGCGGCGGAGGAGGCGGAAGUGGCUCUCAUCAAGGCAGGCAUUGGUGAAAAUGGGCAGAGCCUCUUCACACUCGCAGAUGUAUAAUAUUAUAAUACAAAAAGGCUUGUGGGGAUGGAUUGGGUAACACGCACAAAGGGUGUUAAUCUGCUUAUCCUUAUUCCAUUUUUUUUCUUGUAUUAAGCGAAACAGGAAAAGCACAAUUUUCCUCCUGUUAUUAUUAUUAUUUUUGCUUAAUAAGAAACACAACAUUUCUAAU